CUGGUGUAGCGCGGCAGCAUGCGAACAUGAACACUGCGAGCCAGAACCAGGGAAAUCAACAAACAAGAGCACGCGUGGAGCCUGGACCUGGAGCAACCUGGAGUAGCCUUAAUAACAAACAACGGCAAUGACAGCUCAAGGGCUUAACAACCAAGAAUUUUCCUUGCAGUUCCUUCAUCCAGAAAUGAUGUCCAUUGAAGGCAUAAAAUCUGUCCUUGUUGAUCGCUGUAUUCAUUUGAGAAAUAUGAACACUAUGAGCAAAGAAGAAUUGGUGGCUGUCUUUCACCGAGUCGCAGUUCCUCAGAGUCAAAGAAACUGCUUUCGAAAGAAGAGCCAUCAACAAGCCAGCCUCGAUGUCAGAGUUACUACAAAUUCUUUGUCAAAUGAAUUAAAAAGGGAUACGAAUGCGUCCAGUGCUAGACUAAGUAACUGUAUCAACUAUGGCAAGAAAACAAUUAGGCUUAGAGAAAAUCCAGAGACUAGCAAAUCUAAAGUGGCCCGAAAUGAAGUUGUAACAAUGGGGUCUUCGGAGAUCACUUCAGAAAUAUCUGCUAUGGAAACUUCAGAAGAUGAUACAAAACUUAAGAGGAAAGAAGUCUCAGCUGGCAUUGAAAGCCCAAAAAUACCACCUAAAAGAGCGAGGAUUGCUUGGCCUUAGCUAUUUCAAAUCGUGCUCAAAACACUUCAAAACCUGGAUAAUUAUUAAUUAAUUAAGGCAGGCUAAUGCUAAUAUGUUGUAUGUCUCUAAAGUCAAGUUAGAGAAGGUUUGCGGUGUUAUUGGGACCCGGGUUUCAGCAUUUGUGAUAGUGCAGUGCGCGCCAUUCCCGGUCCUCGGACAGGGAUAAAAAGAGCAAAAAAAGGUUGUAAUUUCGCUUCAAGAGAAAUGAUACAAAACUAAAAGUUAUACAUUUUUUUUACUUUAACUCGACUCAAGGACUGAUAGUUGCUACCGCAGGGCAGAUUUGAAUUUUUAUAGCCCAAUUCGACAACCAAUUUAGCAACCAACGCAAUUCAAGUAAAUUAAACUUGUAAUAAAAACUGAAGAUAAAACUGGAAAAUUCUUUGUGUUACGAAAAGACUUCUACAUUAAUCAUUUGUGAUCAAAACUCAAAACUGCAAUAGUUUGUUUUAAUCACCUCUACGUGUCAAUGCUGAAGCCUGGAAGAGAUGAUAAACUGACAAUCCUGAGACAUCUUCUCAUGCUAUUA